ACCUAUUUGCCCAAGAAAGACCCGAGUUUUGAGCUUUGCCAUUGGAGGUUACAUUUUGUUUGCAGCGUGAGAUCGGAGACCCCCACCCGUGCUCAAUUCCUACGCUAUCUCCGCUGCCGCCGCCAUGGAAUCUCCUAGGAAUUCCUUCAUCCCAAGCUUCCUUUAUUCUUCGUCUUCGUCCCCAAGGGCAUUCCUUCUGGAUCAGGUUCUCAACUCUAACCCCAACACCACCUUCUCCAAUGUCGAGAAAUCUCCCUCUCCGACUGUUCUCUCCAAUAAGAGCUUCCUCAUCGCAUCUCCCUCCGAGCCGGGAAAGAAGAUCGAGAUGUACUCGCCGGCCUUCUACGCCGCCUGUACCUUCGGUGGCAUUCUCAGUUGUGGUCUCACUCACAUGGCCGUCACCCCUCUCGAUCUCGUCAAGUGCAACAUGCAGAUCGAUCCAGCUAAGUAUAAGAGCAUCUCGUCUGGUUUCGGAGUUUUACUCAAGGAGCAAGGAGUCAGGGGCUUCUUCCGUGGAUGGGUUCCCACUCUGUUAGGUUACAGCGCCCAGGGGGCCUGCAAGUUCGGAUUCUACGAGUUCUUUAAGAAAUACUAUUCGGACCUUGCUGGACCCGAGUACUUUUCCAAGUACAAAACCCUCAUCUACCUUGCCGGUUCAGCUUCUGCUGAGGUAAUUGCCGAUGUCGCUCUCUGCCCAUUCGAGGCAGUGAAAGUCAGGGUUCAGACGCAGCCAGGAUUUGCCCGGGGAAUGUCUGAUGGAUUUCCCAAAUUUGUCAAGUCUGAAGGUGUCGGUGGUUUGUAUAAGGGUCUUGGUCCACUCUGGGGACGGCAAAUUCCUUACACAAUGAUGAAGUUUGCUUCUUUUGAGACAAUUGUGGAGAUGAUCUACAAGUAUGCGAUCCCCACACCAAAGGAGCAGUGCAGCAAAAAUCUGCAACUUGGAGUUAGUUUUGCAGGGGGAUACGUUGCUGGAGUGUUCUGUGCUAUUGUUUCUCAUCCUGCGGACAAUCUAGUGUCGUUCCUGAACAACGCCAAGGGAGCAACUGUUGGAGAUGCCGUGAAGAAGCUUGGGCUGUGGGGUCUGUUCACCAGAGGGCUUCCUCUACGUAUUGUGAUGAUAGGGACGCUGACAGGUGCCCAGUGGGGUCUCUAUGAUGCUUUCAAAGUCUUCGUUGGCCUGCCAACCACGGGAGGUGUUGCUCCAGCAGCUGCGAAUGCUGUUGUCAAGGCCUAGAUGAUAUGAUGGAUGGACGCCGUUGCAUACAAGUUGAAAUAAACCCAAGUAAUCCGUAGGAUUUUUUUUUAUAUAAAAAAAAUAAAAGAAAGGGAUUUUGCUGAAGAGUGGGAGUAGAGCAGGGAGGUGUGACAUCAAUUUUUGUUUUAUUACCUGAUAUCAGGAGAAUGCUAUGCUACUUACUACCCUCAGUUAUUGUGGCUGUGGGAGCUUGAGAGCCUCAUUUCUCGUGUUUUUAUUUUAUGUUGGCGUUGUUGUUUAUGUAAGUUAUGGAAGAGAUCUCCUUGCAUAUAUAUAUAUAUAUGCGUGUAUGUUUU